UACACCAAGAUCCUGGAGGACACACGGCUCCGCAUGACGACCUUCAAAUUUCUUGGGCUCCCCCGAGAGAUGAGGAAUCAAAUCUACUCUGAGCUCUUGACAUUACGCCACCACAGUGGUGGUCGGAGAGGCAUGUCAUGCUACCCCGUGAUCUUGCGUGCGAACAAGCAGAUUCUCGAAGAAGCUACGAAGGUCUUGUAUGGCGAGAAUACCCCAGACGUGGAAUUU